AUGACCGUUAUCGAGGGAAACGUUAGACCAACGCUCCUCCGACCGCCAGAGCACGAUGAAAACAAGUCUUUGAUUGAGAAUGUCUUGGACGUUACAGAGCUCAAGGUUCUAGGAAAGGAUAUCUUCACAAACACACAUCCUCAAUGGCAGCCACCCGGAGCUCGUGGUAUCUACGGUGGCGCUGUCAUCGCACAAUGUCUCGCUGCCGCGCAAAAGACAGUCCCAGAGACUUUCUUGGUGCAUUCCCUUCAUUGCUACUUCCUUCUCGCUGGCUCAUCUGAGACCCCAAUUCUCUAUCACGUCGAGAGAGUACGCGAUGGCCGCUCGUACGCGACACGUACGGUUCAGGCACGACAGAAGGGCGCGUGCAUCUUCACCACGACUAUCAGUUUCGUCCGUCAGGUAAGCCCGGAUAAGAAGCAGCGGGAAGUGAGCCAUGCGGCGACUCUGCCCGAGAAUGUGUCUUCACCGGCAGAUGACUGGGAUGGUGAGCCAGAAUGGGCAAGGACAGGACCUUUCCAGAGUCAUAGAAUUGAGGUGCUGGGCGCCAAUGACCCUAAAAUCAAGCCGCAAGACCGUAAGAGCCGACAGUGGAUGCGAUCACGACAAAAGAUCUCUGCUGCAGGAGGCCACCAAGCACAUCUAAACGCCCUGGCCUAUAUGUCGGAUAGCUACUUCAUCGGCACGGUGUCCCGUCUCCAUGGUCUAUGGCGCUUCCCGUUCUCGCCGGAAGAGGUUCCCUCGCUGGAUGAAAAGACACGGGAGAAAGUCAAAGAGGUGUGCGAGUUCGAAGGGAUGGGCUCUGAUGUCGAGGACUGGAAGAAGAGAGAUCACGUGGGAAUGAUGGUGAGUCUGGACCACAGCAUUUACUUCCAUGAGCCGACGGCGGUCAAGGCAGAUGAGUGGAUGUUCACAGAGACGGAGAGCCCGUGGGCGGGAGAUGGCAGGGGCGUAGUCACGCAGAAGAUCUUUGGCAAGGAUGGAGCCUUGUUGGCGACGUGUUUCCAAGAGGGUGUUGUCCGGCUUAAGCAGGAUGGUGGGGAGAAGUCUGCAAAGCUAUAG